ACGACUCUUCCCGCCGCCGUUCUCCUCCGCUCUUUUCGUUGCCCCGCGUGGGGGGGGGAGCUGUGCGCAAGCGCGCUGCGUAGUCCGGUCUCGCGCGGCGGGCCGGUGGUGCGCGCGCGUGCUGGGAGGGGGGAAUUCGGCCAUGGCGGCGGGCGGCGAGGUGGAGCGACUGGUGGCGGAGCUGAGCGGGGCCGGGGCCGGCGAUGAGGAGGAGUGGCUCUAUGGCGAUGAAAAUGAAGAAGAAAGACCAGAUGAAGCAGCUGCUAGUGUUCCAACCCCAACAAGAAAUGAAGAAGACACAGCAGCUGAAAAUGGCGUAGUAAAAAUGAAAGUGGCAGAGGCCGAAGAUGACAGUGACAGCGAUAGUGAUGAUGAUGAAGAUGAUGUUCAGGUCACUAUUGGUGAUAUUAAAACAGGAGCACCGCAGUAUGGGUAUGGAGCAGCACCAGUGAAUCUCAAUAUUAAAACAGGAGGGCGGACUUAUGGAUCGUCUGGCUCAAAAGUGAAGGGAGUUGAUCUUGAUGCACCAGGAAGCAUUAAUGGUGUUCCGCUAUUAGAAGUGGAUUUGGAUUCUUUUGAAGAUAAACCUUGGAGGAAACCAGGCGCUGAUCUCUCAGAUUAUUUCAAUUAUGGGUUUAAUGAAGAGACCUGGAAAGCUUACUGUGAAAAACAAAAGAGGAUACGAAUGGGACUUGAAAUUUUACCCGUUACCGCAGCGACAAAUAAAAUCACGGCCGAAGACAUUGCUAUGGAAGUAACGCCACGGGCAGAGAUUCCAGAUGGCACAUACAGUCUUUUUAAGGUGCAGCAGGGCAGAACUGGAAAUAUGGAGAAAGAAGUAGCACUUCCACCAGUCAAAGCUGAGUUUACAUCUCCCCCACCCUUAUUCAAGACAGGAGUCCCAUCAAACAGAAACAGCGCCUCUUCUCAGUCGCAGAUGGGCCCUGCAGUCAGAAAAAACAGUUCAGGCACUGUGAAGUGGCAGGCUCGGUACGGGAGAGCUGAGUCACCUGAACUAAGGCGACUACCUGGGGUAAUAGAUGUGAUUGGACAGACCAUUACAAUCAGCCGGGUAGAGGGAAGACGACGGGCCAAUGAGAAUAGCAAUAUUCAGGUUCUGUCUGAACGCUCCAGCAGUGAUGUAGACAACAAUUUUUCCAAGCCGCCUCCGUUUUUCCCUCCAGGAGCUCCACCCACCCAUCUUCCUCCACCUCCAUUCCUUCCACCGCCUCCAUCCGUUAGUACUGCUCCUCCUCUAAUUCCUCCUCCAGGCACAGGUAUACCAAUAACUGUGCCACCGCCAGGCUUUCCUCCCCCACCUGGAGGACCACCACCUUCCCUUAUACCAACUAUAGAAAGUGGACAUUCCUCUGGUUAUGAUAGCCGCUCUGCUCGUGCAUUUCCAUAUGGUGGUGUCACCUUUCCGCACCUUACAGGUUCUACCCCAUCCUGGACUAGUCUCAUGGACACAAGCAAACAGUGGGAUUAUUAUUCCAGAAGAGAUAAAGACAGAGAGCGUGAAAGAGAUCGAGACCGAGAACGGGAUCGAGAUCGUGAACGGGAGCGUGAACGGCCCCGAGAUAGGGAGCGUGAGCGGGAUCACAGUCCAACUGCAAGCGUGUUCAAUAGCGAUGAAGAACAGAGAUACAGAUACAGAGAAUAUGCAGAGAGGGGCUAUGAACGACACAGGACAAGUCGCGAGAAAGAAGAGCGGCACCGAGAACGGAGACACCGAGAGAAAGAAGAGACGAGACACAAAUCUUCACGGAGUAACAGCAGGCGUCGCCAUGAUAGUGAAGAGGGAGAGAGCCACAGGAGGCAUAAACAUAAAAAAUCAAAAAAGAGCAAAGAAGGAAAAGAAAUGGGUAGCGGUGAACCCGCCUCUGAACAGGAAAACACGGAAGCUGCCCCUGCGGAGUAGGCCUGUGGUAGUUUUGCCUACUUGCUUAUAUUAACGCCAGAAAUAGAUUGCUCUAAAUCUAAUUAUUUUUCUGGGUCUUAAGAUGUUGCUCUUAAUCUUGUUCUGUUAGUAGAAAAGCAUACUUUUAAUUUGGGUUUUUGAAAAUAAAGAGUGAAUUUUUUCAUGUUAAAA